AUGUCUUCUCCUUUACCAAAACUGCAUUUUUCCAUGGAAGGAGACCUGUUAUCACCAAUUCCGGUGGAAAAGAUGUACCACAACACGGUCCCAAACGAUAUGGAUAAUAUUCCAGAUCUUAGCCAUAAUAUCAACAAAAAAACUCAAGAUUUUGUCACCCCUCUGAGAACUGUCGAAGGUUCUGCAACCAUCAUGUCAAAUACUUGGGACGUGGCGACUCCUGUUGGUCCAGAGAAGCUUCGUAGCUCGAUAGCGGACCGAAUUCCGUUCACAAGUCCGAGAAAUUAUCCUCAUCAUAAUGUUCCUCGGUCGAAUGUGGAGUCUAUAAAAAGGGCCAAAUUGCCACUUGAUGCUAAAAUUGGAGUAAAUCAUACACCUGGUAGUCAGCCUGGGAAGUCUGGAAAAGCCACAAAUGGAUCUUUUUCCGGAGAUGUUCGUGCUGAAAAGUUUUCUGGAGUUCAUGCUCAAGACACGAAUUCUAACGGGUCGCCACGCCAGAAAAAGUCUUUGGAAACGCUGGCAAAGUCGCUGGAAAAGUCGCUAGCAAAAUCCCCCGUUUCCAACGCUGUGUUUUCAACGGCAGCUGCGUCGCCAGCAUCGCCGAUUGCGUCUUCUGUCCCAAGAGCUUUGGCUACUGAUUCGCCAGUUUUGGCCGGUUCUCCUUCAGAACCUGCUUCGAAUGUCUCUAAGCGCCAUGCUUCGCCGUCGCUGUCGCAACCACCGCAAAAGAUCGCCCGUCAAUCUUCGUUGGAAUCUUUCAGUAAUUCAAAAGUCCAAAGCUCGGUCGUUGAAGACAGCGACAGCGAUAAUGACGACCAUAUCGACGCCGGCGACGAUGUCACCAUGAUUCCUCGUCGUUUGCCCCCGCUGGACGCAGAAAAUUUGACCCAAGUCAGCAAAAUUAUUCGCCUCGAUGCUGAGAAUGACUACACUACCCCAGAAAGAUUCACUGAGCCAGUGGCCCGUAGCCCAGAAACUAGCCAGCGAGGCCGUGUUGCCGACACAAACGAGUCCACCACGCCUCUCAAGAAUCAUGCUUUCCAGGAAGGGGGAGUAGUGGAACCAACCAUAAACCUCCUUUUGUCACCUAAUUCUAAACCGAUUUUUUCCCGUGACUACAUCAAUAAGCUUCAAACUAAUCACCACCACGAACUCGAAGAAUUGGAGCAGGAAAGCAACAACCAGAAAGAGCAAAUCUUGCGCCUCUCAGAAGAACUUUCCUCCACCAACCGCGAAUUCUUGAGAUAUGACCAACAGAUCCACGAAUUGAAACUGCGUAACAAAAAACUCUCGCAAAAUGAAGAGAUGCUUUUGGUACAAUUGCAGCACUAUGAGCGUGAACUUUUAUCCACCACCAAGGCGUUGAAGAGGCAACAAGAUAUGACCACGAAAGCCGAACUGGAACUCUUGUCUGUUCUGCAGUGUUUGAGCGAUGAACGCAACCACCUGGCUUCUCUAGAGCAUGAAAAGUCUUUGGCUUUGGAAAGAGUACUGGAGCUUGAAACCGAGAUGGCUCAAGUUAGAGCAGAAACUGAGAAACUCGUAUCAAAGCAGGAACAAUCUCACCAACUUCGCACAGCGCUUGAGCAAGAGAUCAGCGAGCUCAGACACGAACUUGAGGCAAAGGACGAGAAGAUGAGUGAGCUUUCUCAAACUGUCACCGACAAAAACAUGGAAUUGGAGAAACUAAUCGCUUCCAAAGACAGCCUUCGUGAUGAAUCUGAAAUGUACAAGAAAGAAAAUGAUCAGCUCAAAAGCAAUAUUGCACAAUUGACAAAGGAGAACGCUGAAAUCCAACAGAUCAACUCCGAGCAGCAAGAGCACCUUGAGCGGGUCGAGAAGAUUGCUCAUACCCAAAUGGAAAAGUUGGAGCUGUUGCUUGGUGCCAGGAGCAGGAAAUUAAAGAGCUCACGAACACAAAGGAACAGCUUGAAAACGAGUACAAGCAGCAACUUCAAGAGAUGGAUUCUGCUGUUGUGCGUGCGAACGAAUCGCUUGCUACUGUUUCCAAGAACCUUGCUGCUUCUGAAGAGCACAAAGUCAGCAUUCAACGUGAAUUGGAAGAACAAAUCAAUGAGUUUGAGCGUGUAA